CUCGCAGUAAAGGCUCGUGAUUACUAGCCAGGUUUCGUGAUUGAGUAAGCACAUUAAACUAGUAAGCUGAGUUUUCUUGGAUGGAAGCUGGAAAUGCUAUCAUACUGUGAACGCGGUAAUAAUUUGUCAAUGUGUUGGGGACUCCGUAAUAUAUAUACCGAAGAGGACUCAACAGCUUUGUAGCUUUCAGUUCUUACCGAGUUCAGAAGCCAAAAUGACCUGGAAAUCCAAUCCGCUAUUGGUGAUCUGCCUGUUUGCUCUUACUAUCAGCUUGAAUGAUGCGCAGGAUCAAUCAGGUUCAAUUCUUUCAUUAAAAUCUCUUGUUAACUAGCUAAUUGUUUCUAAUCAUAAAAAUUCAUUUGUCUAGUGAUUUUGGCUUCAUUUUGUUGGUGUAAUAUACAUCUUCCGCCAUUGUAUUUUACUUCUCUCACGCAGGCUUCAUAAGCAUAGAUUGUGGUUUGCCUCCUGAAACAUCUGUCAAUUAUACAGAUGAAACCACACAUAUUUAUUACGUCAUGGAUGAAAAUUACAUAGACACCGGCAUCAAUGAGAAUGUAGCAGGUGAUCAUAUAAACAAUUCUAUUCCCCGGCACCUAUGGACCGUUCGAAGUUUUCCAAACGGUACAAGGAAUUGCUACAACCUCAGCCCACCACAACGCAUGGGUGCAAGAUAUUUAAUCAGGGCAACCUUUAUGUACGGAAACUACGAUGGCCUGAAUCACACAACAAAAUUCGAUCUUUAUUUAGGGGUUGACUUGUGGGACGCUGUAGAAGUGAAUGAUUCAGCUUCAGUUGUUGUCAAGGAGCUCAUCCAUGUCCCUUCAUCAGAUUAUCUGUAUGUGUGUCUGAUCAACAGGGGCGCUGGAACUCCUUUUAUCUCCGCACUGGAGCUUCGGCCGUUGGCUCAAGAUAUUUAUCCCGCUGAUAAUCCCGGUGACUCGCUUUUGUGUUUUAGUCGCUGGAAUUUCGCACCGGCAGACGUCAAUGGAAAAAUCAGGUACCCGGACGACAUUUACGAUAGGAUAUGGCAGCCGAAAACCAUGCCUGACUUGACCGGAUUAUACACCACACUCAACAUGACACGCACAGACAAAUACUUCCCCCCGCAGCCGGUGAUGAAAACCGCUAUAACGCCGCUAAAUGCUAGUCAAUCCGUGGACUUUGAAUGGAAAUCCCCUGACCCAAACGUACAGUUUUAUGUCUACAUGCAUUUUGCAGAAGUUGAAAUCCUGCAGAGCAAUGAAUCCAGAGCAUUUUAUGUUCACCUGGAUGAUGAAAUAUGGUCGGACUCUGACACUAACCAACCUUUUGUUCCUAGAUAUUUGCAAGUAAUGUCCAUGGAACCCCUAAUAGGGAAAAACAAAGCCAGAUUUAAUUAUUCAAUAGUAAAAGCAGAGAAUUCAACGCUGCCACCCAUCAUUAACGCUUUGGAGGUUUACUCUGAGGUGCGGUUCGUGCACUCUCAGACAGAUGACAAUGAUGUAAGGGCAAUGGUUAAUAUCAAAUCAAGAUAUAAAGUGAACAAAAAUUGGCAAGGGGACCCUUGUAUGCCCAAAGAGUUCAGGUGGGACGGCCUUGAUUGCCUCGAGAAUACUAGUAUUCCUCCUCGGAUCACAUCACUGAAUUUGUCCUGGAGUGGAUUGACAGGGAACGUGCCUUCUGAUGUGUCCAAUCUAAAUUUCCUUGAGAACCUGGAUUUGUCAAAUAAUGCUUUGAAUGGAGUUGUACCAGAAUUUCUUGCCGAGUUGCCACAAUUGAAGUUCUUGAACUUAUCAGGAAACAAGUUCACAGGCUCAAUUCCACAAAAACUACUUGACAAGGCAAGCAGUGGUCUGCAGUUAAGAGCUGAUGGAUAUGAUUCAUAUGCAUGUGAAGGGGAUCAGUGUAAUAGCAAGAAAUCAAAGAAGUUUGUAGUUCCACUUGUUGUCUCACUCACGCUUAUUUUGUCCUUGGUUGUCUUAGCUAGCUUAAUUGUGACCCUAAAGAAAAGAAGGACAAAAAGAUCAGUCAUAAAGUUGGGAGCAAACAGAAAAGAUAGUUUUUUGGAGCCGAAAAGCAUGCAGUUUAGCUACCGGGAUAUCUUAAAGAUGACAAACGAUUUUGAGAGGAUUCUGGGAAAAGGAGGUUUCGGAACUGUCUACCACGGGCUCACAGGAGAUGGCAAACAAGUAGCCGUCAAGUUACUCUCCCCGUCUUCUACACAGGGAUACUAUGAGUUUCAGAGAGAGGCCGAGCUACUGACGAGGGUCCAUCAUCGCAAUUUAACCAGUCUUGUUGGGUAUUGCUAUGAAGAUGGCCACAUGGCCCUCGUAUACGAAUUCAUGGCUAAAGGCAACUUGAAAGAACAUCUUUCAGGAAGCAAUGGCAACGUCUUGAGUUGGUCGGAAAGGCUUCAGAUUUUGCUGGAUGCAGCACAAGGAUUGGAUUAUUUACACAAUGGCUGCAAACCUCCAAUUGUACACAGAGAUGUGAAGUCCACCAAUAUCUUAUUGACCAAAAACUUUGAGGCCAAAUUAGCUGAUUUCGGACUAUCUAGAGCAUUUGCCGUUGAUGACGUCUCUUCUGUGUCAACCAGAGUUGUUGGAACACUAGGAUACCUUGAUCCUGAGUACUAUGAGACAAAUAGACUGCAUGAGAAAAGCGAUGUAUACAGCCUUGGGGUUGUUAUGUUAGAGGUAAUCACAGGGAGGCCGGCGAUCGUUGGGAUGGUAGAGAAGCGAAACAUAGUACAGUGGGUUACUUAUUUGGUGGCCACAGGGGAUAUUGCGAGCAUUGUGGAUCCGAAGUUGAAGAGAAUGUAUGACGUGAACUCGGCAUGGAAAGCCUUGGAAGUAGCCAUGGCCUGCACCUCUUAUUCCUCUGCCAAAAGACCAACCAUGGCUCAGGUAAUAACAGAGUUAAAAGAUUGCCUGGAUGCACAGAAAGUAUGCUCAGAAGGGCAAGAUACACAUCAGAGCUUUCUACUUGAAGUCAACCCCCAGAUUCUGGAAAUUGAAAUCGGGCCUAGGUGAAUUAUUUUCAGGGGGAAAAAAUCAUAGGAUUUUGUUUAUUUUAUCUUCUCCAUGACUUUCUGGAUGGCUUUUAAUACUAUAUGAAAUAAAUGCUGUCUGUCGUCAAUGUCUGUACUAACUAUAUCACCAUUCCAAUAAAAUCGAUUGAUGGCACACAGCACGGAUAGGGUUUCAAUUUUGAUUUCAUCUUCGAUGUAUAAUGCCGAUUUUUAAACAUAAGAAUCAAAUAAAAU